AUGAGCAACCAACCAUGGCUGGACAGUCUGUCAGACGACUGGGAAUCGGUACCUCCCACCCCUACCACCCCCGGCCCAGCUCCUAAAUCUGCCUCCAAAUCCAUCUUAUCUUCUCCACGGCGAGGUAGCGUGCAGAAUUCCCCCAGUCGCAUUCCUGUGCCUGCUGCACGCCGAUCUGUGGAACAACCCUCCCCGGCCAACGACAAGCGACAUCAACAUCAUCAAUGUGGAAAGGUGACCAGGCCGUGUCAUUUCGUUAAACGUGAACCUCCUACUCCGAAAACCCCGCGAACCCCCAAAACACCCUCGAAACUACGGUCGCCCGUCCCAUCCGCAUCUCGCGCAAAGAGCCCUCGGAGUCCAAAGCCAAAGCCAACUCCAAAAUCCAACAAAUCUACCAAGACCGGGGCGAAGCCCACGCCCGGGCCCGCUGGGAAACCACCCUCAGCCAUGGAGACGCGAUCUCCGUUACGAGCAGUCUCCAAUGUAUCCACCCAAUCAGACUAUGAAACUUCCGAUACUGUCCAAAUAAAACCAAAGAAAGAUCAGAAUGAACGGGGCGCCACGCCUGAAUGGCGGAAACGACUGGUACGCGGGGAGAUUUCAGUAGGCGACCAACGCGAUCUGUUUGCGCCGAUCGGACUAGAGAGUGUAUUUAAGCCCCCCACGCCCAGCUCUGGAAGCGCCCAACAAGAGUCAAUUCCGUUCACGAGGCAAGAUGAGCAGCUGUGGGAUUUUACAGACGCGGGGUCUAAACAAGAGAGCACAAGGGACGAUGGUCCUGAAUAUGAGGAUUUUUCUGAACGCGUCGAAGGUGACCACUCGGGUACUGGCAUAGAAUCGCCAUUUGGGACAGUCAAUCACCGAGCACCUUGGGCCGACAAGCAGAGUAACUUCAUCGACCGGUCGGAAUUGUCGCAGAGAGAGGAUACCGGCAUUAGGACUGCCAGUGGAUUGGAGGACCUUCGCAAUGAGGGAAUCACACCGAUUACAUUUACCCGAAACAAUACGCUGGAGGGCCAUGCCACGUCCGAGGUGAUCAAGUCGGCAUUAAAACAAGUUACCAAUAAGCUGGAAAGCCUGUCAAUGGACACUAGUCGCCCAGACUCACCAGCUAGUGACAGCUUGCUCUUCUAUAACCAUAGCGAACCCCGGCCCGAUGGCUCACCGCAUGAGGACAGUCUGCUUGAUGUGACCAGUCACUCCUUGCCGCAAGAUUUGUCGAUGGGCACAUUGGACUUCAGUCGUCGCAAAACCCACCGUCCCUUCCACCCUCAGUUUUCACCUUCGCCCUUUCCCUCUCAUCGCCUCUCUCCCGCAACCCUUGCCAACGCCAAAACUCGCAGUUCCCCUCUGUUCAACCGCUCACAGACCAACGGUUCUCCAAUAUUGCCUCGUCCCUCUUCUUCCCACGUUCGCCCAUCAACUUCUGGAGAUGCAGAGUCGAAACAAGGAACAAUGCCGUCGUCAGGAAGCCCACUGAAACUAUUUGGGGAGCAUGAUACCUUCACGAACAACAGACUUCUACGGAGGAUGAGUCAAUUCGAAGAAACAUUCGGAGAUCAGUCUGGCUCGGAUGAAGAAGAGCCGCCAUCACCAUCAGAAGAGGCACGGCGCAAAGGCGAGAGCCGUAGUCUGCUGAGUGUGCGGCAUGAGCCAUUGUGCGAGAUUUCGCCUCGGCGACAUGAUCGUGGCCCCUCUCGAAAUAUCAUACAGCAGCGGUUGACACGAUUUGGUGAUGGUGAAUUAGACAAAUUCGACUUUUCAGACACUAGCCCAUAUGAGCAUAAGAUUAAGUACGAUGAGCCGAAGCCGCUUUCCCGACCUACUUCCCGCAGACUUUCAUCGAAUCGCCAGCAAUAUCUUUGUCGAAGCUCGCAGCAAGAUUCGUUGCGAUACGCCAGAUCAGCAAGCUCUGGCUUUACUCGAAAACCUUCAGCCUGGACUCGGCAAAGUUACUUUGACCACCUGAAAGACACCAAAGGGUCCGCGCGUGUGAAUCAGAUAGAAAACUUCGCCUUUUCCGAAACCAAAAGAGUGCCCAAAGCUGCAGCUGCAGAUCCAGUUCCCAAACGCCGAAGAACCAUUCUGCGAAAUGACGGUGCAGAGCCUGAACGCCCUUAUAAGAAUGGUGAACACGCCCCAAAUUUUGGCGACAGUAUGUCAUUGCUUCAAAGAAGCUUGAUGCAACAUGGUGUACAGCUUGAAAGCGGAGAAUAUCUUGCCCCUCCUGGCCUUUCCCAGUCUAUGCAGCGGCCCAGGACCCCGACACCUAGCCAGAUACGGUCAAGGCACGAACCAAAGAUUUUAUCCAGCAGGCAAUAUUCUGAGUCUAAUUUUGAGAAUCUUGAUUACUCUGAUUCAUUUUCUAUCGAGGGUGAUCUCCAUAUACCAUUAGUCAAGAUUACAGGAACCAGUGAUUCGUCGCGCAAGGGAUCUAUCACUACCCAGGACUAUCUGAACGAGGCGACGAAGAUCAUGGAGGUGAUUCGAGCCAAGGGUCGUACCGUGCCCAUGACAAGUCUGCAGGAAUCCGAUGGAGACAGCGAAGCCGAAGACGGGAGUUACGAUGACGAAUCCACACGGGAGGCAUUUUCUCGUCCUCCGAGUCGAGAUGGCACAAACACGGAUCUUCGUAGGACGAGGGAACCUAAGGAGUUAAACCCCCAAAUUCUCAAUUACUUGAAACAAUAUCAAGAAAGAGAGGAUGGCGAUUUCGCUACCGGUGGAUCAAUCGGAUCACUCAAUAAAACAGAGAGAGAUCUUGGUUCAGAGGCUGGACCUCGACGACUGGUUUCGGGUACGAGGAAACGAAAGCCAAGCAUUGCUGGUGAUGAUAUAGCUGAAACCAUUGCUCAAGAUCUGAUGACGAUCAACACUCAAAUGUCUGGUUUUAGUGUACACUCCGUUCCGACUGGCUCGUCCCAAAACUCACAAGUGAAAGGAAUGCUGUCUUCCGAUAUGGUUUCUCAUUUGAUUCCGGAGCAAGUGAAUGGGUUUACCUAUGACCGAUUCAAAAAUCUAUGGAUCAGAAACGAUGGGACAAAAGCAGCUCCACGGGUGGCUCGCGACGAUGACAACGACCCAUUCCAAGAUAUCCCCGACUUGAGUGUAGAUGAGUUACAAGAAAUGAUGCGAGUAAAUGCCCUUGCUUCACCCUCUAAGCGCCUGUCAGUGGAUGGGACAGAAAACCAUCCAGAUGGCCCACUUUGUGUUGCCAGUGGCUCGCCAAAGAAGCCUGGGAGUCGUCCGCAGACACGAGAUGGAGAGCCUUCAGUCACUGCCAGCUCCACUCGAUCUAGAGCCCCCCGUUUGGGCUCAAGUGUGUUAAACUCCGGAACCAGAGCAACUUCCUGGAGCACCGAGGAACCGCAGCUUAAGAAUAACGCCGAGGAAAAUUCUUCUACGCAAGAUGUCGACUCUAGAAAACUGCCUCAAAUCCAGCCGAGCCCAGAUGCAAGCAUAUCAUUUUCAUCACCUGUUGCUCCAGACCCUUUGUACACUGACAGCGACCAUGCCCGUGUUCCUGAUGAAAAUUUGAGACAGUCGUCUUAUCCAGAAGGCACAAAGUCCGAUGAUCAAUUGCAUUCUAAUAAUACCACCGCCCGGCGUGAGGCCUCCGUAGCGGGUCAGCCAUUUGUCAGACGUCCUAUCUCCCGAAUUGAGGAACGAAAUGAAGAAGCGGCUGAAGAUCUCGGCGUUGUUCGUACCCAUGAAUCUAUGGCUAUGCAGCAGACCCCUGGCCUCGGCGCUGGCGAAAGAUCACUGGUUCCCAUACAGUCUGGCGAGCAUGACAAUAGCUACAGUUUCCACAUGAGCCCAUUGGCUGAAUUUUCGGUGAACCAGCCAGAUCACCAGUUAAAUCUGGACAUGAGUUAUGUGGCUAAUCGCACUAAUCCCACCUCGCUGAGACAAGUACAUGGUACAUUUGCGCUUGCAACUGAAGACUUGAUCAAGCACAUCACAGAUGUUGAACCAUAUGAACCCUAUUGGGAACAUGUGCGCCGUUUGGUCUUGCGCGAAAAGGGACUGAUCACGCUGCACAAACUCAGCGAUUUCUGCCCUCGUCUUGAGGAUCUUGAUGUUUCCGAUAACGAUAUUGGACAGCUCAGUGGUGUUCCCACAACUCUCCGAACCUUCAAGAUUCCUAGGAAUUGUCUAUCAAAUCUGACUCCAUGGAGCCAUUUGACGAAUUUGCAAUACCUAGACAUAUCCGGAAACGAUAUUGAAUCGCUUGAUGGGUUUUCCGGUUUGGUUCAUCUCAGGGAACUAAAAGCAAACGACAAUCAAAUUCGCAAUAUAGACGGCAUCCUUGACUUGAAUGGCCUACUAAGCCUCAAACUGAGUAAUAACUCGUUGGCCAUGGUGGAUUUUGAAAGAUCAGAGUUAACUCGACUUCGAGACCUUGACCUGAGCCAUAAUUGUCUAACCUCUGUGCUAAACAUUGACUGGUUACCUUCCCUCGCCACCCUUGAUGUUAGUGCCAACCAAAUUUCUCAAUUAGAGGCAUCGUCAUCUCUUAUCAGCCUACGGGCGCUACGCGUCUCUGCGAAUCGACUGCAAGAAUUGGACAUGAAUUGCUUUAGCUCUCUGAGCCUGCUAUAUGCUGAUAACAAUGGUCUGUCAACCAUUACCGGCCUGGAGCACUGCCACAAUCUUGAGGUGCUUUCUGUGCGUGAACAGACCCAAUUGGCAGACAAUGGCUCGGACUGUAUUCUGGACCUUGACCUUGGAUCUGUGAAGGAUAUUCGGAAGGUCUUUUUGUCGUCAAACACGUUGACAGCCCGAUGUCUCUCACCGUCAUCUCCCCUUUUACGACUCCAACUCCUUGAUAUCGCUGCAUGCACUCUCCCCUCUCUCCCUAGCACUUUUGCUUCACAUUUCCCGAACCUUAAGGUGUUGAAUAUGAAUUUCAAUUCUCUCAGUGAGCUAGAGCCCCUGGUGGGAAUGAAUUGCCUCGCAAGGUUGAUGAUGGUCGGCAACCGGCUUGCUAGAAUGCGACGCAUAUGUCAGAUCUUGAGCCGACUGGGCAGAACAGGACGGGGUAGCGCAUGUUCCCUCCGCAAACUCGAUAUCCGUGGCAAUCCUCUUACUGUUGGCUUUUACCCUCCAGCCAUCACCGGAAAUGGAUCUAAUGUGGAUCCUAAAAAGAUAAAGGCACAGGAGAAAGCCAUCGCGCAAAGACAAGGAACCCGUCAAGACCUUUCGGACGCUUUAGCUGACCUUGAUCACAUUGAUCAUGUUACUCAAGCAGUCACCUGGGAGGAUGGCGUGAAGCCGGAAAAAGACAUUGACAUCAAUGACCCAUUUACCCUCCCUGCUGCGGAUCAAGAUGUGGAUGAUAAAUACCUCAAUCACUUGGACCGUGCGACUCGACUUCGUCGACGUGUGUUGGAACUUUUACUCUAUGCGGGAACGAGUGGCUCUCUUCACACUUUGGAUGGUUUGGAGCUUCGUCCAACACUUGGUGGUGAGUCCUCGGACAUGGGCCAGGCAUGGACCAAACUUGAGGAGUUGGGAGUGCUUCGAAGAAAAGCGAUUACUGGAAGGGAAUAA